AUGAACCGCGACUUUGUCUACAACUAUCAGGAUGACGAGCGCACGAUGUGUUCGAGUGUCGGCGGCACUCUGAACAAAUGGCUGUGGGGGGCGCUGUGCUGCGGAAUUCCAGGCGUGCCUUGUUACUUCUGCACUUGCUGCAACAAAAUGGACGACACUACUGAACGGGAGGGGCCCAGAAUAAAUCAGGCGACGGCCACCGUUGAGAGGCUCUCGCGGCAGCACCGGCCGAACGCGCCGCGGAGCCGAAAGUCCACGCCGGAGACCAUAUCGGCCGUCCGCUGCGCCCUCUCGCAGCUGCAGGGCGAACCGGCGCCGACACUCCAAGCGCCGGCUCCAGACCGCCUCACCCAGGAGCCCGGA